AUGUCCAAGUUGAGCGCCUCGUCGCCAAAAGUGCUGGGGCUUCUUGCCCUUCUCUUCCUCGCUUCUUGUCUUGUAACCCUCUCUUUCCGCUCUUGUCCUGCAGCAUCUUAUGCUCGACAAGGAACACGACCUGCCCUUCACGGAUCCAAGAAGGUCACACCCAAUGUAGCCUUUGUAACCUUCCUCGGCGCAUUCACCGGCGGCAUCGACCCCAACAAACCCGAAAACGACGAUGACGAUGGCUACUACGUGUCCACACGCGUGCUGGGCUAUCAAUUGAUGCAUUCACUCACUGCAGGUACCAAUGCCUCUAUCCCCUUCGUCGUUGUCGUGACCGACGAAACGCACCUGCGCAAACGCGCCCGCCUGGAAAAAGACGGCGCCAUCAUCAUAGAAGUAUCUCGCAUCUCUCCCGGUNGGGCGAUUCCAGGCGACCCACGCUGGAAAGACAUGAUGACCAAACUGCGACUCUUCGAACUUGUCCAAUACUCCAAGAUUUGCUAUAUCGAUUCUGACCAUUUGGUUACGGAGCGGCUGGAUGGGAUUUUCUAUGAUGAAGCUACGAUUACGCAACACACAUCCCAAGAGCUGAAUAACCAGAAGGAAGAUGAAGCCCAAAUGCCUAGGACGUAUAUGAUGGCUGCGCAUGCCGAUUACUGGGGCUACGAUCACCCUUACCCACCUCCCACGGAUGGAACAUACAUGAAUUUUGGGUUUGCGGUGUUUUCACCUUCAAUUGCAUUGUUCAAGUAUUAUCUUUCCGUGUUGGCUGUACCGGGACGCUUCGACAUGGGUAUGCAAGAGCAGAGUCUGAUCAACUACGCACACAGGCGUGACGGAAACAUGCCCUGGAAACCGCUGUGGCAUGGUUGGAAUGUGAACUGGCCGACGGAANAAGAUUGGAAGAACGGAGCGAAGAGUUUCCAUGCCAAGUAUUGGGAUACCGAUCCCAGUCAUGACAAAGUGCUGAAAGCGAUUUGGAGAGAACAGAGAGCGGAGAUGGAGGGCUUUUAUCGUGGCAGAGAUGGUGGCAAGUGA